UCUUAGACUCCUUGUUUCACUCGAAUUAACUCCACUUUUUUCCUUAGCUUCUACCUCUUAAGAGUUUGAUCAUUUUGGUAUGAAAUGGGGUAGGUUUCGUGCACUGUAUUCUUACAUUGUGUGUUUUUAUAAAAGCUAAGUAAUUAUUAUCUUCUCCCGUUGCUUGCUUACGUAAAAGAAAACCAGUUUUUGGUAGACAAGGUCAUGAAUAAUCUUAGAGGUCUGAAAUGGGGUGUGGAAACUAUCCGGACUAUUUUGGUUUGAAAUAAGGUAAGAGUUUCUAAAGUGAGCAGAUUUAUAAACCACAUUUACAAACCUCAAUUUCCUCUCGUUCAAAACAGACUGAGAUAGUAAACUCAGAAUAUUAAAGCCAGUGUAUAUUGAAAAAUUUGAUAUAAACAAGGGAAAUUGUGAAAACCAGUUAUAGAGCAUGCACAGUAAAUAACUAUACCAAAGUACCGUAAACAGUACUUUACAGUUGAACCCCGCUAUUCUGAACUCUAUGGGGAAAUGACAAAUACAGUUUAACCUCGGUAUUUCGAACUCUCAGGGGAAACGGAAAAUAGUCAGAAAUAGCGGGAGUUCGAAAUAGCCGAUAGUAAAUGACUGCCGCACAAAUUCAAAGGAAACGGUUUUGAGAUAGGAAAAACGGGGAAUUCGAAAUAACUCUGAGUUCGAAUUAGCAGGUUCGAAAUAGCGGAAAUUUGCGAUGGUAAAUGACUGAAAGACAAAUCCAGGGGAAAUAGUUUUGAGUUCGAAUUAGCAGGGAAAUAACAGAGUUGGAAUUAGCGGGGUCCAGCUGCAGUUGUAAAUAUCAAGAUGCAUUGUACUCAAAUGACUGAUGGCCACCCUUGGCCCAGGUCAUUGGUAUUCCGGCGGUACUCUUGACAGUGCAGGCUAAGAUACAAAUUAGCUAACAGAAAAAUGAUCGAAAGAUUCGAAAGAAGAUUUGCUUAAGAUUUUUUUUUUAGUCAGUGCCUCAAACCAUUCGGGAAAAGAAUUCCGAGUUCAGCCAAGAGGACUCGAACGUACCUGAUCUCCUUACACCGUUUGCGCGCUUUACCACUGAGCUACAGUGGACUUGCUGGAACUAAGCGAAAUAACUAGGGAAUGAGAAUUGCUUCUAGUGCGGCGUAAAAAGUCUUUAUGACUGAUGACGAACGAGAUAGCAUAGUGAACAGAAAGAACUGAAUUUAUAUUGUGAAACCUUAGGCGAAUUGCCUAUAGCAUUUUGGAUAACUUUUGUCAGUUUCCAGUUUUCUUAGUUUUGCAAUGAAUACCCUGCAGCAUUUACACAAUGAGUUCUGGGGCUGAUAGUGCUCCCGUAUUCGGUCAUUUCCAAUGCGAUAUCACGGCAUGUGCGACGUGGACAGCAAACCCUUUGCCAAUAAGAGGAAAGAUGUUUUCACAAAUACCCUUCGAAGCUUUUGUUUUCCGUUUUGCCGAUAAUUAUGAAAUUUUGACCCGAAAAACAUCUCGCUAGGAGGAUAACCUUGACAAUCGAAGUGCACAGCAGCAGAACAUCACAGCCGAUGACAAUGAAAUGAGUUGAGUGGGAGUUACUGAAUAAUGAAUGCAUCUUGCACCGAGUGAAACAAUUUAUUUUUAAUCGUUGUACUCAAUGGCAGAACAUCAACCGUACGCCAUUCAUUCAUGUUCUCGACCAAGGACUGCAGAUUUGGCCUUCUAGGAUGCCAUUUUAAAGAAGAACUUUAUUGAAGGAUGAAAGUGUUGAGUGAUCUGUUCCACAAGGUCGGUAAUGUAGUAGGCGUAUGCAUGUUUUAUAGAUUGCGGUUAAAUCGGACCUGAUGAAUAGCCUCUACAAGAAAGUACAAACAUAUUGAUUAAGGGUCUGGAAUAUUCUUUUAUUGCAGUAGUUCAAAGCCUUACCGAUUUCAGCGAACAAACCAGAACUUAAUGUUAAUCUGCCGACUCUCAUUUGUGUUUGUAAUUUCGGAUUCGGAUCCAGCUGAUAAAUACGCUGGACUUUUUUUUUUUUUUUAACUGUAGACUCUCGUUUAUAUUUGUAAUUUCGGAUUCGGAUCCAACUGAUAAAAGUACGCUGGACUUUUGGGGUUAAAAAAAACCAUCGUAACGCUGAUGAUGUGUGGUGAUGCAACAAAAUGUCGAUGAUUGACUAACUUUAUCAACCUAACAAGAAAUAACUUAGAUUUAUACCAAGAUGAAUCAAGUAGAAAAUAUCUUCGUUUCAUUGACGUAGAUUAAUGUUUGCUUUUCAUUCGCAUAAAGGAAAGAAAAUAGACUUCACGGCUCGUAGUUUAUAACUUGAACUGAUUUCUCUUAUUCUACUCAGUCGUGUUUGUGAUGUCUCCCUCCCCCUAAACGCAUCAAUCAAUUCCAGCAUCAUUUUAAUAUUUAACGAGAUGACAAUAUUCAUGUCUUGAAAACUCAUUUGUAAGUUUAGCAUGCGAUGCCAACGUAGUGCAAGGAGAACAACAGAGAUUAGGUUUCAGAAUACGCUGUAAAUUCGGGACUUGUUUUGCGUCUGUCAUUCAGAAUGGUCAUGUUGUGAGCUUUCAUCGUCUCUCACCGUCAACACGACCUUUCUUUGGCCGUCACUAGUCGCUCUAACCAUCUGUUAUUGCGAUUGUGGUGUCUAUAAGUUUGAGGAGCGCCAACCAUUUGUUAUUCCAAGCCUCGGUUUCCAACUGAACUACUUUGAGAGAACCAAAUGCCAGAGAAAAGAACUACGCUGUUGAUGAAACAGGUGAUGUUUUCGUGUACGCUACCUCCCUGUUCACCGACCAGAAAGCAAUCGAAAAUAGCAAAAGAAAGGGAAAGAAAGAAGUCGGUGCAAAAAGGCAAGGAUCGCUACAACAUUGUUAAAGGCCUAGCAGAGGGCAUCGAUGGAAUUUCAUUUGAAAGUCUCCUUAAAAGACGGCAUUACUUGCGAGUGAGAAAUAACUACCUUAUUUUGGAGCCCUUCGACGAUUCAGAAGACUACAGAAAAGAAAGCACGUUUCUUCCCUUGCAAGACAUGUGGUACGAUGGAUACUUUGCUUUCGAAUCACUGUUAAAUCCAGCGCAUUUUAUUCGUCGUCUUGGAGAGAAGCUACGCCUGCAGAAGUAUGAGAACUCGUACUUUUUCAAAGAAGACUCAAGCUUCAAGUUAACAAGGAAACGAUGCAUAGCAUGUGUAAAAGUGGGUUCGCGAGUCUGGGCAAGAGCAGAGAAAGGGUGCUUCCUCCACGGUAUCGUGACAGCAAUGGACGACGAAAUUCACGUGCUGCUUGAUAAUGGCAAGAAAAUAAAACACAAGAAAGAGAACCCGGAAUGCGUAGCAGCGGACGCCAUACCUCACGUCGUAGAGGUGGAAAUUGGAACGAGGGUGUUAGCUAAGUGGUACAAUCGCUUGGACACUUACUACCCUGGGACGGUUGUCGCAGGUCGACGAGGUUUCUUUGACAUCCGAUUUGAUGACGGUGAUAAAGGUUGCAAUGAGCUUAGGGAGUUAAGAAUUCUUAGCCGAACAGGACCAGAAGAAGCUGGACAUUCUCUCCCUCCUUGGUCAUCACUGGAUGGGAUUCCUCGCAUUGAAGGGGGCUUGUGCAUCGACUACGCUGACAUCAUAACAGCGGGUCCCAGCCUGCUCAACCAGGAAAUAAAAGACAAAUUAACGAUAGACAAUGAAAUUAUUUCUCCGCGUGAUUCGCCCGUGGAACUCGUAUCCAGUCCGCUGGAACACGAGGACACGGCCGAGCUGGCUGAUCCCGAUGAACACUUGGAAGAUCAUGUGGAAAAUCACUGUCAAAACGAACACAAUAACAACCGAAACGACAAUGUUUUUGGCUUUGAAAACAAUUACCAUUUCCUCACGCCGGACAUUUACGAAGUGGCGCCGAGAAAUCCGAGUCAGGUCAGCGGAAGCUCAAGCGAUAGUGGAUACCAUGGCAACAACCACAAUCGACAAAGGAAAAUGGGUGUGUGGAGGGCGUCCAAUUCUCAACACAACGUGUUCCGCUGUGGGAAUAAGCCCCAGCUCCUCUCUCCCUUGAGCUAUCUCUCGCACCUGCACGUCCCAGGCCUUUCCGAUAUCUCCGAUGUAAAGCGUAACCUUAGUGAGUUGAGUGUCACUUCCAGUGUUGACAGCGGUUUUAAAGGCAGCGGUCAUUCCUUCCGUCUACGGGAUAGGUCUCCGGUCAGAUGCCCUGGCAGAGCAGUGCCCGUGUCCAAAGUCCAAGAGCAUACGUGGAAAAGCGAACAAAAACACGAAACCGAGGCAGAGAUACCAAAAAUUCAGAGCACAGAGGAUCUGAAUGGGGAACUAGCCAUCGGACCUAUAGGUCUGGAAACAGUUAUUUGACUCUGAUCACUCACAAGAUAAGAAAGAGGCCACCCCAGACACAGAUGCCGAUAGUAGCAACAUCAUGUCAAGUUUCGUUUACUCGAUAAAGAGGUAUUCUAGCAACCUCGACUUCGAUUACAAUUUCUGAACCAAACCAUCGCUGUUUUCACAGCAAUUCCGUUAGGAACCAUGGAAACAAUAAAAUACUACAUGUCUACAAGAAAUGAAUAGUCUUUGAAGAAAGACUUAAAAUUUGUGCAGAUUUAAACUCUGUUGUUGUUAAACUUGUUCAAUAUUCUGAAAAACAUGAAAUGCUGAACAGCACAGACACACAAAUAAUAUAUUUUUCAAAAGAAGACGAGAAAAGUGUUUCACUUCUGGCGGGGUGCUUAAUCAAGAUGAGCUGUUGGAAUUUUGUAAUGGUACUUUCCCUAAUUGAAAAAAGCGACUGCAAAACUAGAAGAAGGCAAGUCAAUAAUGGUCAUCAACCUUAAGUAUAGCACAGUUUUCAACAACGCAAACUGGAAUACGCAAAACUAAAAUACUUAUUAGCAUUGCUUCGUUAAAUGGAGCCACAUGUUCCGGCGGGGAAGAACCACAAGGAAUGAGUCAGCAAGUGUGGUGUGAUUCUUCGUUACUAGUAUUAAAAAAAGACUGUGCAGCCAAACUCAGCACAAAAUAAUUUUCUUGUUACAUAACUAACUAAAACAUUCAAACUAUAUAUUUCUUAAAUAAAUAAGGGAAUAAUAUUUAUCUAACAUAAUUAUAUGACUGGCAAAAUUACUUCAUUGUAAUUGGCUGACGGCUGGCCAAUUUAUCGUGAAUUUUUAAUUUGUACAUCAGUGCAAAUAAACGCGAGUGCGUUCGUAAUUUUCUCAGUAAUAUAAUAAAUGUUAUAAUCCUACGAAGGCUCAAGCAAUUAAGGAUUUACAAUACUCGUGAUAUUUGAAAAGUUUUUUCAGAUAACUCUUGCCUAAAUGUUCGUGCCAUUGCGAGAGAAUUUUCAAAUAUUACUCGUAGUGCAAAUCCUUAAUUGCUAGCGCAUUCCUACGAUUACCUAUACCAAUGAAAACUGCCUAGUUUUCAUUAUGGCUAAAUGCUAAUACAAACUCAAACCUGCUGCAAAAGUAAAUAAACAAGCAUGCCAAAUAAAGUCAGAUAAACACUUGGAACCAUAUUAUAAAUAUGUCCUGUGUAUAAACAAAUAAAUAAACAACAGACAAUAAAUCAAGUUUCGUAA